AUAUAUCUAAAGUCUAAACACAACAUCUUAAUCCAUUUUCAUUUCUCUGAAAUUUUCAUAAUCUUUUCUGAUAAUCAAACAAAAAAUGGCUACCAUUGUUGUUCAUGAAUCAGUUCCUUCUCCUACGGAAGAUGCUGAGGCCGUCAUGAAUGCUGUUAAAGGGUGGGGUACAAAUGAGAAAGCUCUUUUUGAAGUUUUAGCACAUAGAAAUGCAGCACAAAGGCAAGCAAUAAGACACGCUUAUCAAGAACAUUAUCAUGAGGAUCUGAUCAAAAGGCUGGAAUCUGAAUUGCACGGGCAUCUUGAGAAAGCGAUGUACCGAUGGAUGUUGGAACCACUCGACUGUGAUGCCGUCUUAGCUAACGUUGCGUUGAAAAAACAUUCACCGGAUUACCCCGUUAUCAUCGAAUUGGCAUGUGUGAAAGACCCUGAGGAGUUUUUAGCUGUAAAACGUGCUUAUCAAUGGCGGUACAAACAUUCUCUGGAAGAAGACGUUGCCUCCCACUCAUCAGGGGACCUCCGUAAGCUCUUGUUUGCAAUAGCAAGUACAUUUAAGUACAAUGGUUACGAAAUAGAUGCACAUCUAGCAAAGGCAGAGUCACAUAUUCUUCACGAAUUGAUCGAGAACAAAGCCUAUAAUGAUGACGAAUUUAUCAGGAUUUUUGCAACAAGGAGCAAUGCUCAGCUAAAUGCUACUUUCAAUAUUUUUAAAGAUGAUUAUGGCAUUUCUAUUGCAAAGAGCUUAUUGGAAGAGCCAGCUACUGAGUAUUUGUCAGCCUUGCGCACUGUGAUUCACUGCAUAACUGAUCCUAUUAAGUACUUUGUCAAGGUGCUGCGGGACGCCAUUCAUCAACAUGGUACAGAUGAAGAUACCCUAACUAGGAUUAUCGUAACACAUGCAGAGAGGGACUUGAGGUUGAUUAAGGAAAAGUAUUAUGAGAGAGACAACAUAACUCUUGAAACUGCAGUAGUAAGGGAGACUUCAGGGGAUUAUGAGACCUUCCUCCUAGCUCUACUUGGUAACUAAUGAACGAACUCGAUCACAACCCCGCCAAGAUCCUUAUCAGUACUGCUUCGUGCAAAUGCUUAUGUAAUUCCCGUUCAUUUGAUUUGUGUUGCUUUUGUUAGGUGUGUUUACAUUUGUGAUGGUACCGGAUGGCUUGAUGUUGUUACCGUAUCUAUUGGUUGUAUAUUCAUGGUCUGGUGGUUUUGCUUCUAAAUUUGACUAGCUCUUACUCCAAGUCUUAUUUCUAUGUCA